GUGGAGCACUUUUCACCCUGUUCUGCCAGUGAUAUCGCGUCGGGGAUCGUUCCCUGAGCGAAUUCGAUCUCCGGCCAAACAAGCUCUACGCUAUCAGUGAAUAUUACCGGCUCGAAAACAAUGAGCGAGCCCGCGGCGAUUGGAUGUGAUUCGCGCGCGAUUCGAUUCGACGCGUCAAGGAUCGACGGGACGACAGGCUGCCCUGGGUUUCCGUGUGCGUAGCGUGACGAGGAUUUAAUUUGCUGGCGGGCCGACAAGAGUGUCGGCGCGACAUCAUGACUGUCAGGAGAAGACGGAACGAUCCGCUUCCUCGCCGGCAGCAGGACGCGCUUCCUUCGUCGACGCGAGAUCGUUCGCGGUGAACGGACGACUUGAUCGGCGCGGCGCUCGACGAUACUUUCUGUACCAAGCGUGACGAUCGAUCUCGAGCCGAGGCAGCAUGGAAAUCUCGGGUCGAUACCUCGUGGCCAUUGACAACAUCACGGAACUGAUGAACCUCAGCGAGUCGGAGUACGUGAGACUGGUGUGGGGCCCGAAGUAUCUGCCGCUGACGCUCGUAUUGCCGAUCACCUUCGUCUACGUCGCAAUCUUCGUCACCGGUGUGUUCGGCAACGUAGUCACCUGCAUCGUUAUCAGGCGCAACCCCGUCAUGCAGACCGCCACGAAUUACUACCUAUUCAACUUGGCGGUGUCCGACCUGCUGCUGUUGAUUCUCGGACUGCCGAAUGAAUUGAGCGUGUUUUGGCAGCAGUAUCCAUGGAAGUUCGGAGUGGGUUUAUGUAAAAUACGAGCGUACGUCUCAGAGAUGUCUUCUUAUGUGUCGGUGUUAACGAUAGUGGUGUUCUCGUUGGAGAGGUACCUAGCGAUAUGCCAUCCCCUACAUUUGUAUGCGAUGAGCGGCCUGAAACGACCUGUACGAUUCAUUCUGGGCGCUUGGCUACUGGCACUCAUCUUCGCCCUGCCCUUCGCCGCUUACACCACCGUUAAUUACAUCGAGUAUCCGCCAAAAUCCGGCCGCUAUUCCGAAGAAUCGGCGAUGUGCGCCAUGCUACUGCCUAAUAUGCCCAAGUUUCCGCUUUACGAGCUCAGUUGCCUCAUAUUCUUCCUCGUGCCCAUGCUGUCCAUAGCAGUGCUUUACGUGAGAAUGGGUCUCCGAAUACAAAGCAAUGGUCUCGGCCGCAGCAUCGAGGGUUCCGUUCACGGAGAAACGAGGCAGGCUCAAUCUCGAAAAGCCAUCAUCCGAAUGCUCAGUGCGGUCGUGAUAACAUUUUUUAUCUGCUGGGCGCCUUUUCACGCUCAACGGCUGUUGUACGUGUAUCAAGUGUCGGCCUUUGGCGAUAUUAAUGAGUGGCUGUAUCCUUUGGGCGGUUGCCUAUAUUACUUCAGCACCACCGUGAAUCCGAUCCUGUACAACGUGAUGAGCGCCAAAUACAGGAUGGCGUUCAAGAAAACCUUGUAUUGCACGCCGGCGAGUCCCUCCAUCACAAGGGAUGACCUCAGCAGUAUGAAGGACAGCACGGCAUGUGGCUGCAGCUCCAGAAGAGGCUCCCAGGUGGUUCGCGUCAGAAGUAUACAUUAUCAACGUAGUAUCAGAUCGAUCCGGAACCGCAUUUUUGAAAACAGCGAAUUACACAGUGGACGGAACGGCGGAUGCAAUCAGAUGCACGCGAACGAGGUUCUCCGUUCGCCGGCGAAGUUACGUCACGAUGACGAAGACGGCGAGAGUCAGGGCUCGAAGGACAGGCCCUGUGACCACCUCGUUCCCGACAUCACGAUCGCCACAGAGUCGCAGGAUUCGCGCAGAUCCUCGUUCGUUGUGCACUCGAGCAACGGCAGGACCAAGUGCCGAUCAGCCGAGAAGACGGACGGCGCACCGGCGAUGACGAGCGAGACGUGUAUCUGAUCCUCGGCUUAUCCUGCCGGCGGAUGGAAGGAUCGUUAUGGAAUCGCAAGGGUCGCACGCGCUCACAGACUCGACAAGAAGCUGACGUCCCGAUUGUGUAUGCGCGACGAUGCUGACGGGUCCGGAUUAGCGUAUUCGCACGCGAAUGCGAAUUGCUCCACACUGAGAAGCCAUUACCGGAGAAGAACGUGCCGUAGCUUCUUCCCCAGAGGACACAUUUGUCGUCGGGAGAAGAAGCCGAGUCCUCUUUCGGAGAGCCUUGUUUGAGCGACGCCCCCGUCGAGUGAAGCUACGAAAUGUGUCAGUGGGGAAACUAAAGAAAUGUCGGUGCCAUUAAAAAGGGUGCGAAGCGCUUAGCGAGGGAUCGAGACGUUUAGCAGCUUUUGUUGCUGCGAGCGUUGUUCACGCAAAUCUUGCAAACUCGCGCUCACGACUGGACCCCUAGUCGGCGAUUCUUCUCUGAGUGCGAGCUGAAGAGAUUCGACGAAGACUGUUAUGCACUGUGACGUCAUGAGAGCGUGUGAUUAUAUUCGCGUGAGGAUUCGCGAAGUUAAUUAGUUAAUCAGUCACCGUCGGAUUGAACGUUGGGCUUCGUUGUCGCGAGCUCGUAACAAGGUAACACGAGCCAUUCGGGUCCUUGUCGCCUCUUAUCCGAGUACGCGAACGUAGUGUGAUCUUGUGCGCUGCCGUUAUAAACGGGAGUACACAGUAGAUAAAUAAUCUCGCGGAAAUCUCGCGGAAAUCUCGACGAGAUUAGAGGGAUUAUGUAUCUUUGCGAAUUUACGUGACAAACGAUUCCUCUCUCGGAUUUAACGCGACGACGGUGUCGCGCGGACACCUGCGGGAAAGAUAAACGCGACUGUGAGGAGCGAAGAGCGUGGAGGCACGUGAGUUCCUUCGGAAGAUCCUCGACGCGUCGUAAAGAGGGACGAUACUUAACGGACACCCGUCGGCUCAUCUCGCCGACAAAAAGAACGAGAUGUGCCCUGGAGAUUCUCUCAGGCUCCCAACCGACUGCGUUUAUCUCAUAUAAGCGCUUGCACCUGUGUGUGCUUGCACCGAUCAAAGCGGGCUACCUCACCAACGGGUCGAGCGAGGAUAAACUCUCGGUAGGAUAAACAGACCAAAGUGCUGUUUCUGAAAGAAAACUGCACAUCGUGUCUCUCCCGAAGAGAACUCAUCGAGCUUGUAACUUUGUGUAAAAAAAGAGAGGAAAGUAUUCGCGCGUACGCGCGUGCAUGUGUACGUGUGUGUGUGUGUGUGUGUGUUUACGCCGGCGUGUAUGCACUACGGCUGCGUAAAAUUACAAACAAUCGUCACGUUGAAAUAAACGACUUAAAAAUCAAUGCGUGAAUCGGCUCAAGUAGCCGUUUGAGUGGCGCGGAAUGGUAUACUUCGUUCAUUUGUUAUGUCAUAUUAUGGCUGCGUUCCUUUUGGGCGCUCACGUGCUUUAAGUGCUUAUAAGCGUCACUCUAUCUUUCUUCCGCAUCAAAUGAACGAUACAGAUAGAAUGACGCUUACAAUGAGCGCCCAAAAGAAACGCAGCCUAUAUGUACAUAAUUGUAACACAUACACAUAUAACUAUAUAAAUAAACGGAGUACUAUUCCGCGCGAUCUGAACGUAAUUUGAAGCGAUUCGCGCAUUAAUUUAGGAGUCGACUAUUCAAUGUAACCAUUACUUACACCGAAUUCAGAAAAUGGGAUGCCCAUUACGGAUGGAUUUCGAUCGGAAUAAUUCAGUUAUUCCUUAGAUGUUGUGUUUUCCAGAGAAAACGAAGUUAUUCCGGUCGGGAUCCAUUCCGAAUAAGUUCAGUAAUAGCAUCUCAGAACCAUUUCGCACAGACCUAGUGUGCACACGUCUCCGUGCAAACUAUGGAGACGAGCUUCGACGCGUCGAAGAAAAGAGGUCUCAUAAUAUAUUCGUAUAGAAGAUUACUCUCGCUCGCGGGAUUCGACGGCGAGGAAUAUCUUAAGGGAAUGCCGGUAAGAGAGAAAUUAUACUUUUCGGAGGGAGAGCGUCGUGUCGCAGGUAUAAAAUGAGAGGUGUGUAAAGAAUUCAAAUGCUGCUAGGCGAACAGAAGGAAUAAGUGAGUACGAAAAAAAAAGAUUGGACGAGAGAGAGAGAGAGAGAGGAGAGGGGGAGAUAAACAGAGAGAGAGAGAGAGAGAGAGAGAGAGAGAGAGAGAGAGAAGAGAAGAGACAUAAAAACGCGGAAUCGCGACGCUGCGUGAUUCGCCUGAGGCUUUAUUGUAAUCGAGGAUUUUCAUUUCCAGAGACAUUCCGAAUGAAAUGAACUGUCGCUGAAAUGUAUCGAUUAUCGACGCUUAUAAGCUCGCUCACUCGCCCGUCAACGAGCUCUUAUGAAUCCGCGAUCCGGCCACGGAGAAUGAACUUUCGUGUUUUUUAACUCUCUACUCAUCCGCGAGUAGCAAACACAGGGUCGAUUGAAAUCCUCGCGCAAAAAAGACCGGUCGCGACAGCGCAGAUCCACGAGUGUGCAUGCAAGUCGGCAUCGAUUCCACAAAGCGGAUACAUUCCGAUUUAAUAACCUGUAUAUUGUGUGAAUGUGUAAUAAGAUAUAUAUUCUGAUA